AUGGGUGGGAGAAGCGCAGCGAUUUUAUCAGUAUCAAGGAAACCGAUAUUUAAAAUAUCGACCAGUCAAAGACGCAACAUAAGGAAUGAGGUAGGAUCCAAUAGUGUUGUCCCUUCGUUGGCUUCUCCUUCUUCUUCUUGUAUUCAAGAGAUCAAUGCCCCUGUUAAUCUGACGGAUGUUCCUUCAUCCUCAACAGAUUACACAGAUGGCAUUGAUGCCAUCCAUGGUGUAGAUGUGGAUGACAAUUCUUUUUCCUCUUCUUCUUCUUUGUCUUCUUCAGUGUUGUUUAGUUCUGAAGCGGUUCCUGAAACUUCAUUUCAGGAAAGUUUGGCUUCAUAUUGUGUUGAUAACAAUAUUAAUCAUGUUCAGGGUAACAAUUUACUUACCCUUCUUCGAACCCAUAGCUGCUUUAGCCAUCUACCCAAGGAUAUUAGGACUGUCCUGGGUACUCCACGAACUCGUGUUCCAACAUAUGUUGUAGAACCGAGGGAGUAUGUUCAUUUUAAUGUUGAAGCUGAAAUUGUGAAGUAUAUUAGGAAUGCUUCUUUUUCACCAGAUAGGGAAUUAGAAUUAGAUUUCAGCACAGAUGGAUGUGCUUUAGAUAGAGCGGGAACAAUCCAUCUGUGGCCGAUUCAGUGUAUGAUUAGGAACAUACCUGAUGCAAGGCCAAUAGUUGUCGGCAUUUAUAGAGGAUUGCAAAAGCCUAGUGAUCCUAAUAGGCUUUUCAAUAUGUUCAUCAUGAACAUAACCCAUAUUCUUUCCAACGGUGGUGUAGAUCUUGAUGGUACUAAGGUACCAAUAAAAUUAAGAUGCUUUAUUGGUCAUGCACCAGCAAGAGCUUUUAUCCUCAACCACCGUGGCCAUACAUCCAGCCGGCCCUGUUCCAAACGCAAAGUAUCUGGUACGCACAGCGAAGGUAGAUAUGUCUUCAAUGGCAUAAAGCAUCUGCUUAGAACUGACAACCAAUACUUUCAAUGUGUAGAUGAGGACCAUCAUAAAGAAGGUUGCAGUCCCUUAUCAUCACUACCUUUCGGAAUGGUUUCUCAAGUUCCAUUUGAAUAUAUGCAUUUGGUAUGCCUGGGCGUCAUGAAAAAAAUAUUAUCUGCAUGGAUAAGUGGAAAAUAUUCACGCUUGUCCAAAUUGUCAGGUAGCCAUCUUGCUCGUAUGUCUGCAAGACUGGACAGACUCGGAGAAUGUUGCUCUGAUUUUGGAAGACGCCCAAGAUCUCUGAUGUAUUAUUCCAAAUCUAAAGCAACAGAGUUUCGGCAAUUUCUUUUAUAUACAGAUCCGGUUGUGACGUAUGGGCUCCUCAACGAUAAUUUAUAUACUUAUUUCCUGUUCCUUCACACAGGUAUUAGAAUUUUAGCGUCACAAUCUCCGUCGACUCAGUUUUUGAAUUUUGCAGAGCUUGUUCUGCAAAAAUUUGUUCUUCGUAGUGAAGAGUUGUAUGGUCUAAAUUUUUGUUCGUAUAAUGUACAUGGUCUUCUCCAUUUGACCAAUGAUGUCAGACGUCUUGGUCCCUCAGAUUCUUUUUCUGCUUUCCCUUAUGAAAGCAACAUGCGGAUUUUUAGGAAGAAGUAUUGUAGAAAGCCGGGUCUACCUCUUCAACUGAUAUAAGUAUCUGUGCCUCUUGGUUGCGGUACUGAUAUCCUCCAGUAUCGUAGGAUACAAUUUAAUGGCAUGUCCUUCAGUCUUGAUGUACGCGAUAAUUGCUGCAUCUUGCGCGACGGUGCCAUAUGUAUUCUGUCCUCCAUUGCCGAGCAUAGAAAUACAUUCAGCUUAGGUGUCAAGAAAUUCACAGAGGUCGGUGAUAUUUUUGAUAUCGGAAUAAAAUCCUCUGCUGUAGGUCUGUAUAAAUGUCGAUAUUUGAGCCCCGAAUUUAAUAUUAGUCCAUACGAUGUUUGUUCAAAGUGUUUCCGAAUGCCGUUUCCUGGAGACAACAUGGACGACAAUGAAGAGGACGAACAAGAAAGAAGAGAAUACGCCAUGGCUGUGAUGCUACAUUCCGACAACAUGUAA